GCACUAUCAUUUCAAACCCUCUUCUAAUUUCACCCAAAAAAAAAAAAAAAACAAAAAAAAACACUGAAGCUCCCAACAAUGGCGGCAACCCAAAUCCCAGCACCAAAAUCAUCUCUCACCUCCCUCCUCAAUCUCCUCCCAUUAUUCUUCAAAAACAACAAAUUCAGCGAUGCAAAAUCCCAUUUACUCACUUUCAUCGCCUCCGAUUCUCAACACACUCUUCACCACCAUCUCCUUCACCCUUCUUCCCACCAUCCUCCGCCCACCAAAGCCCUUUUCGACACCGCAAUCUCCGCCUACUGUCAGUCAGGAAAACCCCAUUUUGCCCUUCAAAUCUUCAAGAAGAUGAAGCGUCUCAAGCUCAAGCCUAAGCUCCUCACUUGCAAUACUUUGCUCAAUUCAUUGGUAAAAUACCCAUCUUCUCAUUCUAUUUCAAGUUGUAGAGAUUUGUUUGAUGAUAUGGCUCGAAUUCGGGUUGCCCCAAAUGUUGUUACUUUUAAUAUUUUGAUUAAUGGGUAUUGUUCGGAAUUUCGAUUUAAGGAUGCUAUGGAAGUUUUAAGGAUUAUGUCUGAUUUUGAUUGUAUUCCUGAUAAUGUUACUUAUAAUACUAUUUUGGAUGCAUUGUGUAAGAAAGGUAGGUUGAAUGAUGUUAGAGAAUUGUUGUCUGAUAUGAAGGAUAAAGGGUUGAUUCCUAAUAAGAAUACUUAUAAUAUUUUGAUUAAUGGGUAUUGUAAGAUGGGGUGGUUGAAGGAGGCGGCACAGGUUAUCGAUUUGAUGACACAUAAUAAUUUGUUGCCUGAUGUUUGGACUUAUAAUAUGUUGAUUAAUGGGUUGUGUAGUGAUGGGAAGAUUGACGAGGGUUUGAGGAAGAGAGAUGAGAUGGAGAAGUUGAAGUUGACGCCGGAUGUUGUUACAUAUAAUACUUUGAUAAAUGGGUGUCUCAAGUUUAGGGAUACUAACGAGGCUUUUGCGUUGUUGGAUGAAAUGAGGGAUAAGGGAGUGGGGAAGAAUGUGGUUACUUAUAACAUAAUUAUCAAGUGGUUUUGUGAUCAAAAGAAGAUUGGAGAGGCAACGAAUGCGCUUAAAGAGAUGGAAGAGAGUGGAGUUUCACCAGAUUGUGUGACUUAUAAUACUAUAAUUAAUGCAUAUUGCAAGAUGGGGAACUUUGGAGAAGCUUUUAAGGUGAUGAGUCAGAUGGGUAGGAAAGGCUUGAAGAUGGAUAUAUUUACAUUGAAUAUGUUUCUUCACACUCUUUGUGAGGACAAGAGGCUUGAUGAGGCGCAUGAGCUACUCAAUAGUGCCAUUAGGCGGGGUUAUGUGCUUGAUGAAGUGAGUUAUGGUACUCUGAUUACAGGGUACUUUAAGGAUGAAAAGGAGGAGAGGGCUUUAAAGGUUUGGGAGGAGAUGAAAGAGAAAGGGGUCAUCCCAAGUGUUGCCACUUAUAAUUCUUUAAUUGCUGGGUUCUGCAAGUCAGGAAAAACUGACCAAGCAAUCGGAAAGUUGAAUGAACUUAUGGAGAGUGGAUUGUUCCCAGAUGAGACUACAUACAACACCAUCAUCCAUGGUUACUGCUGGGAGGGUAAAGUAGAGAAAGCAUUUCAGUUUCACAACAAAAUGGUGGAGAAUGCAUUUAAGCCUAAUGUGUACACAUGUAAUAUUCUUCUGCGUGGUCUUUGCUCUGAUGGGAUGCUUGAAAAAGCUAUCAAGCUUUUCCAUACUUGGGUUUCAAAAGGCAAAGAAGUUGAUGCAGUUACCUACAAUACAUUGAUAACAAGUCUGUGUAAGGAUGGAAGACUUGAAGAUGCUUUAAACCUUGUGGAGGACAUGAUGGAAAAUAAUGUAGGACCAGAUAAGUACACCUACAAUGCCAUUUUCAAUGCUCUUGCCAGUGCAGGGAGAACAAUAGAAGCAGAAAAAUUUAGGGAAACAAUGCUUCAAUCUGGAAAGUUGCAGGAUCAAUGCUCACAGCUUGAAAAGGUCGUAUCAGUUGAGACUGAUGUGGUGACGGCAGAGCCAAUCUCAUGUGCUGAAGACUUUUCAAAAAGGAUAAAUGAACUGUGCAUGGAAGGUCGGUACAGGGAAGCAAUGGACAUAUAUCAAGAGGCUAGCCAUAAAGGAGUAGCUGUAAAUAAGACAACUUAUUUCACUCUGAUUGAGGGGCUCCUUAAGAGAAGAAAGUCCAUAUCAAAAGAAGCUCAUUGACAUCUGGUUCUAUGAUGGGUUCUCAUGACCUAAUUACUUCCAUGGGAUAGAUGGAUUUAGAUUUGACUGAAUCAGAACCCACCUGAGACUACAGGGACCUCUAUGAUUUAAUGGCCAGAUAAACUAUGAAAUGCUUACCGUUUUGGAAGCUGGCUCUAGAGAGAUUCUGGCACUAGUGGUGAUGCCAGACUGUCCCAGUGUCCCAAGAAUGCCAUAAAAUUAAAUAGUAUUCUAGUAUUUACUUCCUAAUAUCUCCAAGUAGAGCAAUGACUUGAUAAACUUACUAGUGACAACUUCCAGCGAAUGAACAUCUCUGAAUGCUUGUCCAGCAAUCCCGACUUUUGAUAGGAUUCCUUGAUGGUCAAAUAAAAGUAAUCGGUCCAUGCCAUUUUGGGCAGCACGUGUAGGGGGUUGUAGAGGGUUGUGUGUUGCUUGCAGGGCUGCUGGAUAGUAUGCUUGAUUGCUAGCUUGUGUUAUAGGCUGGUCUACAGGGGACUUUUUUCUUUCUUACUUCUGGUCGGUGUGUAUCUUGAAAGUGUGCAUUUCUUGUUGAAUGUAAUAUGAUGUUUCUGUAAUUAGGAGCUUGCGCUGUUUACUACAGAGUAACAUUGAGAAAUAUUAGGCAAAUUUGUUUUGUAGUACCAGGUUUUUUGUAGGGUUUGUGAGCAACAUUGGAAUUUAUUUUUUUUCGAAACUUGAAAUUAACGAAAGUAUUAUAAACAUCUUAGCUCCAUUUUCUGGUGAGAGUCAAAUUUCCUACCAUUGACUUUGUGUUUUUCUGAAUUUUUUUUCCCUGAACUUAAUUUGUUGUGAAUGUAUCUAAACUUAUUUUUUGCAAUAGGAAAAAAUAAGAUGAAUGAACAGGCCCUAAGUUGUGACAUCUCCCAUCUUAUUGAACAUUUAUGUCUGUUAUUUCAGCUAUAACUACCUAUGACAUCUUUGACGCGUUAGAAAAUUUAAAAGCUGCAUCAGGAUCAAGAUUUCUACCCAUAAUCCCUCAAGAUCAAUUUCUUUUGUGUUUUAAUUCUAGUCAAAUGAAACUGUAACUAUCAUGUUUAGCCUUAUGUACCCAAGAAAUUAUUUGGAUUUCAAUAUCUGCAGCUGCAAAAAAUAUUGAUGCCUAGGUUCAGAACUUUGAUAAAAUCAUAAUAGUGGACUGGGUUUACUCUUUAGUUAUCCCUUGUAGUAAGAAACUGUAAUCUUUACCUCUGAAUCUCUUAUUAAUUUGCUCUUAAAUGUCUCUUAAUGUAUAUU